AUGACGACCGCAGCGAGACCCACAUGGGCACCUGCCAAAGGAGGAGAUGAACAAGGGGGAACUCGAAUUUUCGGUCCGUCCCAAAAGUAUUCUUCCAGGGACAUUGCCUCUCACACUACCUUGAAACCUAGAAAGGAAGGACAAGACACACAUGAUGAGCUACUAAGGAGAAACCUUAGAGAUGAAUUGGAGGAGCGGGAGAGGAGACAUUUUUCAUCUAAGGAGGACAGGGAUCGUAGAAAGGGAGGUCAUCUUCUUCUAGAAGGUUCUAAGAGAGAAGUUGAAGAUCGUAUUGUUCCACGUAGUGUGGAUGCGGACGAUGCCGAUGUGGAUGUCAAAAGUGAUGAUAGUGAGGAUGACGAUGAUGACGACGACGACGAAGAUGAUGAAGAAGCACUUCUGGCUGAACUUGAACUUAUAAGGAAGGAAAAAGCUGAGCAGAAACUACGGGAAGAACGAGAGAAGCAAGAAGAAGAGCUGCAAGCCAAAGAGGCAGAAUUGUUGCGUGGAAAUCCUCUGAUUAAUAACCCAACUUCCUUUAGUGUAAAGAGAAGGUGGGACGAUGAUGUUGUUUUCAAGAACCAGGCCCGUGGCGAAACCAAGAUUGCAAAACGCUUUAUCAAUGAUACCAUCAGAAAUGAUUUCCAUAGGAAAUUCCUCCAAAAGUACAUGAAAUAA